AUGCAAGCGGGUGAUUUCAUCUUGUAUGACGACCAAGAAAGAGAUGUGAACUACCCUAUUGCGUCACCAUUCAGCAGGCCUUCAUUCCAGCAGCAUCGGGGGCAGCUGGCAGAUACAUCGCCCUUAUUUGAAGAGGCGCAAUUUUAUGCGCCUAAUGAUCCAACCCAGUCCCAAAGCUCCUCCGAAAAUGUGUCGCGCGUGUCACCAGUGACCUUGGAAAAUGUAUCGCCUGAUGCUACACCGCCGAAACAGCCUUCUAGCGGUACACUCGGUACACCGUUGGAUCUUCUAUCACUUCAUGGAUCAACAGAUGCAUACCAGCGGACAACACCAAAAAUGGCACCUUUAUUUCCACGUUUGCCGCAGGAGAACCAAGCAUCACCGACUGCGUCCAUGUCACAGCAACCGCCUCAAAAUAAUGACAUGAAUGCAGCUACAGCUUCUUUGCUUUUUAAAUCUCCAGAAAACGACACUCAUUCCAACAUGCAGCUCUGGCGCUCGUACUGGAGCACACACGGAGGUAAUGCGCCCGUGCCAUCUAUGAUCAUGCAUCCAGACAUGUUGCGUUCGACGAACGAGGCGAUGGGUCUGCAGCGUGCUCAGCCCAACGACAAGCUUACUGUAUCUCCACGCGAUUUACAUCUUGACUACAAUGAGGCAACGACGCCGCCUGCGAAACUCAAAGAGCCGCCUGCUUUGGUCGAUACUGCUCCUUUGUUCCCAGCAGCACCUACGACCGAAGACAGUCUUUGGAAAGCUCCCUAUGGUGCAUCAUCCGGCAUUGAAACUGGCUCGAGUACAGAAGAGGAAGAUGAUGAGGAUGAAAAGCCGUUAGUCAAUGGCGCAAGUCUUGGAACCACUGUACCAAAUGAGCAGCUGCUCCAGCAAUGGAGCCAAGCCAUGUUUGGCAGCGUCCCGACAGAUGAAACGAUGCAGACUCAACCUUUUCGUGAUUCGGAGUCAGUGUGGCCCUCUGUCGGUCCUGUCUUUUCUACGGUGUCGACCUCGAGCGAGUCAGAAGAUGACUCGGAGCGCGUCCACAAAACACCGCAAACAUCGAGAUUUUCUUCAUAUACCCCUCAUCAAGCAAUGUAUCGUGAUGGAUCAGGUGCUAUGGGUGCUUAUGGCUUUAUGCCCGCGAGUAGCCAAGGCAGUGCUAUGAGUACAAAUAUGAGCACUGACAGCGAAUCAAGGCGCAGCUCGGCCGUAUCUAUGAGCAUAUCUGAGAGUGAGGCAGGCGGACAGGAUGCGACGGGUAAUAGGAGUCCCUCCAUUCGGCGCGCAGCACAGGUGGUGGACCCCACCACCGAUGCACAGCCUUCUCCAUCGUCACCUGCGCAGCCUGCCAUUCGACCGCGUCGUUCAUCUAGUCGCAAUCGUCGACAGGAAGAAAUGGAAGCCUCGUCUGCUACCAUGGGUCCACCCUCUUCUGAAUCUUCUAGCCAGGACGGCGAAGGAGACGGCGACUCGGACUAUGAGCAGACGCAUCAUGUUGCACAGCCUGUUUCGCGUUCAGUGCCGCGACGCGGACGUCCUCCACGCACCAUUUCUGGUCAUAACAAGACACAUGGUUCGGGGUCGCACCACUCACUAAGCACUUCGCCAACUUCGCAUGGAUUGCCUCGUCGGAAUGCGUCACCUCCUGCUUCAGGCUCCGUCAUUCGUUGUGAGUAUGUAUCUCCCGUGACGCGCCAAAUGUGCGGUACCGUUUUCCAUCGCAUGUACGACCUUGCACGUCACCGCAUCACGCUCCAUGUACGUGAAGAAGCACAGCUCGUGAAAGAGGGGGUGCUCAAAGUAGACCAGUGUGUUGUCCUUGGUAAGGAAGUCGAUGUCGAGAAGGCCCUUUCUGACCUUGAGUGGACAUGCCGCAUUUGUGGUGCAAGCUUUUCUCGAAAGGACGCCAUGCUUCGUCAUGAACGUCUACGACACCAUGCUUAG